AAUGCUUUUUAGUGAAAUCCCUAAGUAGUAUCAAUGUUAUCGCACUUGCACAUAAUAUCCAUUGGCCUUUCUUUUUGGUCUCAAGUGAAAACAGCCUGAAUAUUGAUUGAUCUUUGGUGGUGAGAGCACUACAGUGGCUGAGAAUCCAAAGUAGGACAUUAGCUCUUAACGUUCUCUUGAGAUUUGUUUUGUUAUAAUUUUUUUUCGAAGGUGAGAAGAAGAGUAAGAGAAAGAGAGAAAGGAUGGUGGAGAUGAUGGAGAAGAAGGAAACAUCACACUGGUGGUGGUUUGACAGUCACAAGAGCUCCAACCGUUCUCCAUGGCUCCAAACCACUAUUGCUGAGUUAGAUGAGAAGACGAAGGCAAUGCUGAAAUUGAUUGAAGCAGAUGCAGAUUCAUUUUCCAAACGUGCAGAAAUGUUUUACAAGAAACGGCCUGAGCUAAUUUGCAUGGUUGAAGAUUUUUAUCGGGCCUAUCGGUCCUUGGCAGAGCGGCAUGAUCAAGUGAAGUCUGAAACUGGAACUCGUGUCCUAGCAACAUUUGGAUCUCUAUUCUCUUCAAUCAAGCACAAACCACAGGAGCCAUCAAGUGUAAUGGGUCAAACCUACUAUAGCUACUCUGAGACUUCCGAUACAGAGGACUAUGCUGAAUCUGAAGUUGAGAAUCCUGAACAGGAGGGUGAUACUGAAAUCGAAAAUGAGACUGAUGUUGAGGAUCCUGAAGUGGAAAAUGAAACUGAAGUUGAUGAAGAAAUAAAAGAAGAUGAAUAUUCUGAACUGGAACUGGAAAUUCAAGAACCGAAAAAAGCUGCAGUUUCAAGUGAGUUUCAUAAUGAUGAAAUCAGGAUGUUCAGGGAAGAAAUUCAGAGACUGAAAGAGGAGAACAAGAUGUUGGAGGGUCAACUAACGCAGAAGGAUGAAGAGAAGAGAGAAGUGAUUAGACAGCUGAGCCUGACAGUAGGAGUGCUGAAAGAAGAAAAUAUGAAGCUGAGAAAGUAUACAGCUGCUAGAGGCUUCAAGAAAAGUAGCCCGUUUGAGUUCAACAAAUUAAAGGAAGGAUUUUUAGGAAAGUUAUUUAGUGGGUCUUCAAAGUCUCGCGGUAGCGUUUUUCCUCUCUAGUUAUGGGUUGGAUGCCGGGAAAUAGCCUAAUCUGUAGCAUACAGUUUAUAUAGAAUAUAGCUCAAGCUCAAUGUAACUAAGUAUAGAUGUAGUCUUACCUUAUAGUAGGUCCAUUGUUUUUGGUUUACCUUAAAGAUUAUGCCAUCAUGUUUUAAUAUUCAUAAUGAUUUUUUAAAACAUUACCCUAUCAUAAA